GCGAAAAGCUUCUUAGAGAAGAAAGUCUCUUUUUGGCUUUGGAGAUUUGGUUCCCCCUUUUGUUUGAGAUUUCGAAGUUGAUUUCUUCACUGCGAUCUCUGUUACUGUGGUUACGAAUCGAGUGGAGCAUUGUACAUUUCUGCUCUUGUUUUUGUUUCGGUUGUGUUCUACCGUUUAGAUUCGGAUUGAACGAGGUGAAAUUGAUGUUUGGUUGUCAUGUUCACGGAAGGACUUGAUAAUAAUGCCCUAAGAUGGGUUCGAGAGAAGGAAGUGACAUUUUCGAAUUCUAAUCUGAGACCUAGAAUGGAUCCGAUUACUAACAUCCGAAGUGGUGGACGAGGUUUUGGUUUGCCGCCGCCGGCGAAAUUCAGAAGUGGACACCUGCCGUCGACUGCAAUUCCGGUGUCAAGUACACUUCCGAGGGGUGUAGAUGAUAGUGCCUCUGCUUCUGAAAAUGACAUGAGCACUGAGUCGGCGGAGGAUGCUUACGGAGGGAAGUACUCACUGGAUUCUUCGCCUCAAGAUGAAAGAGUUCCUGGUGGCACUGGUCAUAGAUAUGGAAAUACGGCUCAAAGGCGGCCGCGUUAUGCCAGUGAUUAUACGUAUUCUGAUGUUAGCUCAUCGAGGGACACUAUUGUGGGUAGGCAAGUGAAUGGUGCAGAGAGGUUGGCAGGAGCCAACGGGAGAUAUCCAGUUGGGAGGAAUGGGUACGUUGAGGAUGAGUCGUCAGAUUCAGCUGCUAGCUCAGAGUAUUCUACUACUCAAGCUGGAAGCAUCAGUGGUGGUGUGUCUCAGAGCAGAACAUAUGUUUCUGAGGGGUAUAAUUCGAGUGUGCCCUCUAGGGUCAAUGGGGACAGUGCUGCCCGGAAGGACUUGCAUUUUAGAAAAAUGCAAAAUGAGAAGAUUUCUGAUGAUGAUCUCCCUAGUGCACCGCCAUUUUCUAGUACUGCCCAGGAAAUUGAACAAGGUGAGCAUAUGCCUGCAUCUGGAAUGCAUGGUACCUCAUCUGCCGCAAAUUCAAGAGAGCCAAAUGCCUUGAAAUCUAUGUCUGGGGUUAAGCCAGAGUGUAAUGCCAGGAACAGUAAAUCUGAUGAGUUCAUAAGAGCUGGAGCUGGUGAAGAAGCAGCAGCUGUGUCUUCAGGUGCUCCUCCAGCUCGCCUCCCAACUCUUCAUGCUAGCGCUCUUGGGCCAUGGCAUGCAGUAAUUGCCUAUGAUGCAUGCGUGCGGCUUUGCCUUCAUGCUUGGGCUGGAGGUUGUAUGGAAGCUCCUAUGUUUCUGGAAAAUGAAUGUGCAGUGCUACGUGAAGCAUUUGGGUUACAGCAAGUCCUGCUGCAGUCAGAGGAGGAACUAUUGGCUAAGCGCUCAUCAGAACUUAUAAGUGAGGCUGCUGCUCCAAAACCUAAGAAAAUUAUCGGCAAGAUGAAGGUGCAAGUGCGCAAAGUGAAGUCAACUUUAGAUCCGCCAACAGGGUGUAGUAUUUUAUCUCUAAGGGCACCAACAAUUAAACUGGAAACAAUACGAUUUCACUUGUCCAGUUUGCAGUCAACUCUCUCUUCUAGAUGGCAAGCCCUUCGAAAGAUUCGUGUAGCACCUCGUUUGCCUGCAAAUGGUUCUUUUUCACGUCACAGUUUGGCAUAUGUGCAUGCUGGAACUCAGUAUAUAAAGCAGGUCUCUGGCCUCCUAAAAAGUGGUGCGACAAGUCUACGCAAUAGUUCAACAUCCUAUGAAGUAAUGCAAGAAACCUAUUCUUGCAUGUUAAGACUGAAAAGUUCAACUGAAGAAGAUGCCAUAAAGAUGCAACCUGGAUCUGGUGAAACACAUGUCUUCUUCCCAGAUAGUCUUGGAGAUGAUCUCAUUGUCGAAAUACUGGAUUCCAAGGGCAAGCAUUUUGGCCGUGUCCUUGCACAAGUGGCUACCGUUGCUGAAGACCCAGCUGACAAGCUGCGCUGGUGGUCUGUCUAUCAUGAGCCAGAACAUGAACCAGUUGGAAAGCUACAGCUACAUAUAAAUUAUUCAACGAGUGCAGAUGAAAGCAGUCAGCCAAAGUGUGGUUCUGUUGCAGAAACAGUUGCUUAUGACCUUGUCUUGGAAGUGGCCAUGAAGGUUCAACAUUUUCAACAAAGAAAUUUGCUGUUGUAUGGUUCAUGGAAAUGGCUAUUAACAGAAUUUGCCUCAUAUUUUGGGGUUUCUGAUGUCUACACUAAGCUGCGUUAUCUUUCCUAUGUGAUGGAUGUUGCCACACCUACAGCUGACUGUCUCACCCUGGUGUAUGAGUUGUUAAUGCCUGUUGUCAUGAAGGGAAACGGGAAGAGCACGUUGAGUCAUCAAGAGAACCGUAUCUUGGCAGAAACCAAAGACCAGAUAGAGCAGAUCCUCUCUCUAGUUUUUGAGAAUUAUAAGUCUCUCGAUGAAUCAUCACUCUCUGGUAUUCUGGAUGUCUUCAAGCCUGCAACUGGACUUGCAGCUCCUGCACUGGAACCUGCAGUUAAACUGUAUACUCUUCUUCAUGACAUUUUAUCUCCUGAGGCACAGACUAAUAUGAGCCACUAUUUUCAGGCUGCUGCAAGAAAAAGAUCCAGAAGGCACUUGUCUGAGACAGAUGAAUUUGUCAGCAACAAUAAUGAGCCCAAUUUCUUGGAUCCUGUUGCCAUGUCUACUGCUUACCAAAAGAUGACUUCUCUUUGUGUGAACAUCAAAAAUGAGAUUUUUAUUGACAUUGAGAUUCACAACCGACAUAUACUUCCAAGCUUUCUAGACCUCCCAAAUUUAUCUGCUUCCAUUUACAGUACGGAGCUUUGUAAUAGACUUCGUGCAUUCCUUCUUGCAUGUCCCCCAUCUGGCCCUUCACGCCCUGUGGCAGAACUUGUUGUUGCAACAGCAGAUUUCCAGCGGGAUCUUGCCAACUGGAACAUAAGUCCUGUAAAAGGUGGAGUUGAUGCAAAAGAGUUAUUCCACUUGUAUAUCAUGCUCUGGAUUCAAGAUAAACGCCUUUCUCUGCUUGAAUUGUGUAAAUUAGACAAGGUAAAAUGGUCCGGAGUUAGGACUCAGCAUUCAACUACUCCUUUUGUUGAUGAAAUGUAUGAGCGGUUGAAAGAGACCUUGACUGACUAUGAAGUCAUCACAAGUCGAUGGCCGGAAUAUGUUUUUGUUCUGGAAAAUGCCAUUGCUGAUGUCGAGAAAGCAAUAGUGGAAGCUUUGGAUAAGCAAUAUGCAGAUGUCCUAUCCCCACUGAAGGAAAAUCUUGCACCUAAGAAAUUUGGCCUCAAGUAUGUGCAGAAACUUACCAAACGAUCAGUAUGUUCCUAUACAGUUCCUGAUGAGCUUGGAAUCCUACUGAAUUCCAUGAAAAGGAUGCUUGAUAUCCUACGCCCUAAGAUAGAGGCACAGUUUAAAUCCUGGGGUAAUUGCAUUCCUGCUGGCAGGAACACAGCUCCCGGUGAGCGUCUCAGUGAAGUCACAGUGAUGUUGAGAGCCAAGUUCAGAGGUUACGUGCAAGCUGUUGUUGAAAAACUUGUAGAGAAUACCAAAUUGCAGAAUGCAACAAAACUGAAAAAGAUUCUACAAGAUUCAAAAGAAACGGUUGGAGAGUCUGAUAUCCGAAGCAGAAUGCAGGCACUGAAAGAUCAGCUAAUAAAUAUGAUAAAUCACCUUCAUACUGUGUUUGAGACCAAUGUCUUCAUUGCAAUCUGUCGUUGGUACUGGGACCGGAUGGGGCAGGACGUUCUAAGUUUCUUGGAGAACAGGAAAGAAAAUAAGUCGUGGUAUAAAGGCUCCAGACUUGCUGUAACCAUUCUGGAUGAUACCUUUGCAUCACAGAUGCAGCAGCUUCUUGGUAACGCACUACAGGAGAAAGACCUGGAGCCACCAAGAUCUAUCAUGGAAGUGCGCUCAAUGCUCUGCAAGGAUGCCCCCAAUCACAAGGACAACGGAUACUACUACUAGACACCGUUAUUUACAGAUAACGUCAUGUUAUGACGAAACAAUGGUGCCUGUGGAAUAUGUGGUGGAGGACAGGUUGCCGUGAGAUGACUACAUUUAGUCAUAAGAAUUUACAGCGUCUUGGGUCUCUAGCUUUUCCAAUUUUGCGAGGAGCAAGUUGCUCAGCUGCUCUACCAUAAAGAUACAUAUUUGCACAUAACAUAUAGAAAUACUAAGAAAAUUGAUUUUUCUUCCCCCUCCGUGCAUGCUUAAUAUAUUCGUUCGUUCAUA